AUGUUACCUCAUUGCGUGAUUUUUCUACUCAUUAUGGCAGCAUUGGUGAUGUUUGAGCUGGCCUGGGUCAUGUCUAAAGACACCAAAGACAUGUUGUGGUGGAGUGUCAUUGGAGUGACAGAUCAGUGGGUUCAUGAUAAAAUACCACACAUGAAAUAUGUGACAGACAUCGCCACCCUACAGCGCCACGUGUCCCGACACAACCAUAGAAAUGAGGAUGAGGAGAACUCGCUGUCCAUCGACUGCAUGAGGAUCACUUUUGAAUACGAUCUGAGGUUGGUGUUAUAUCAGCACUGGUCUCUGUAUGAGAGCAUCUGUAACUCCUGUUACACCUCCUGCAGCUUUAAACUCUGGUCCAUCAACGGACAGAAGAAACUCCAAGAGUUCCUAGCAGACAUGGGUCUCCCACUCAAGCAGGUGCGACAGAAGUUUAACUCUAUGGAUAUGACAAUUAAAGAGAACCUGCGUGAAGUCAUCGAGGAAUCUGCCAAUAAAUUCAAUAUGAAAGACAUCCGUGUGCAGACGUUUGCUGUACACUUUGGCUUUAAGAACCGGUUCCUGGCCAGUGAUGUAGUUCACGCUGCGGCCGCCCUGCUGGAGAACGUGGAGAAGGAUGAAACCCCAACGGACAACUUCAUCAAAGCUCUGGACUGUCUGUCCAGGAGUAAUCUGGAGCGGUUGCAUUUAGGCAUUGAUCUGGCCAAGAAGAAACUGAAGGCCAUUCAGCAGACAGUGGCGAGCUGCAUCUGCACUAACCUCAUACUCUCACAGGGGCCUUUCCUCUAUUGUCAUUUACUGGAGGGAACACCAGAUGUGAAGCUGUUUUCUAAACCUCUGGCUCUGACUCUCCUCUGCAAAUACCUGCUCAAAGCAUUCGUCUGCUCUACGAGGAACAAACGCUGUAAGAUCCUUCCAUUGAUAAUGGCGGCUCCUCUGGAUGUGGAGAAGGGAACCGUGAUCGUCCUGGGAAUUCCACCAGAAUCAGAAACGUCCGACAAGAAAAAUUUCUUUGGCCGGGCUUUUGAAAAGGCAGCUGAGAGCACCAGCUCCAGAACAAUACACGAUCAUUUCGACACUUCAGUCAUAGAGCUAAAGAUGGAGGACAGGGGGAAGUUUCUGGAUGCCCUCAUCACCCUGUUGUCAUAAAGGCCCACUGCAUGCUGGGAACUGCCCACAGAAACUCUGGACAUGUUAUAUGUGUGUGUUUUGAUUCUGCAAAGAGACUCGCAUCCACACACACACACACACUGUUGCUCCACAAGGGGAAUUUCACAGCCCUUGUGUAAAUAUGAGAUUUAAUGUGUUCUCAGUCAGUUUGGUGCCAAAUACCUUCACUGACCUUCACCUUGACGUUUAUACCAUCUGCAGCCCUUCCUGAAGACUUCAGGAUCACCUCAGAGAUCAGCUGGUGUUUUGGUCGUGUGCUGCCAGACAUUCUGUUUGACUGUACAGGCCUGAUUUAACUGUUUUGUGUCAUGCCAUUUAGUAUGUAUUUGUGUGUGUUAUUAUAUGAAUUCAAAUAAAUGAUUUUUAUAAUAUUUUGAA